GGGGCGGGGCGCGCGCCUCACUUAAAGGGGCCGCCUCCGGCCCCGGCCCUCUCCCGUCACUGGGGGUCGCGGCGGCCGCAUGAGCCGCGCGCGGGGGGCGCUGUGCCGGGCCUGCCUCGCGCUGGCCGCGGCCCUCGCUGCGCUCCUCCUACUGCCGCUGCCUCUACCUCUGCCUCGCGCUCCCGCUCCUGCCCCUGCGCCCGCCGCCGUCGCUGUUCCUAGUCUGCGGCCUGACGACGUCUUCAUCGCGGUCAAGACCACCCGCAAGAACCACGGGCCGCGCCUGGGGCUGCUGCUGCUCACCUGGAUCUCGCGUGCCCGCCCGCAGACUUUUAUUUUCACCGACGGCGACGACCCUGAGCUCCAGCGGCAGGCAGGCAGCCGUGUCAUCAACACCAAUUGCUCUGCGGUGCGCACCCGCCAGGCACUCUGCUGUAAGAUGUCCGUGGAGUAUGACAAGUUCAUCGAGUCUGGGCGCAAGUGGUUCUGCCACGUGGAUGACGACAACUAUGUGAACCCCCCUGGCCUGCUGCAGCUGCUGUCCACGUUCUCUCCCAACCAGGAUGUCUACCUGGGGCGGCCCAGCCUGGACCACCCCAUUGAGGCCACCGAGAGGGUCCAGGGAGGUGGGACCGCCACCACAGUCAAGUUCUGGUUUGCUACCGGUGGGGCCGGCUUCUGCCUGAGCAGGGGCCUUGCCCUCAAGAUGAGCCCUUGGGCCAGCCUAGGUAGCUUCAUGAGCACAGCUGAGAGGGUGCGCCUGCCAGAUGAUUGCACCGUGGGCUACAUUGUGGAAGGGCUGCUGGGGGCCCACUUACUGCCCAGCCCCCUCUUCCACUCCCACCUGGAGAACCUGCAGAGGCUCCCAACAGAUGCUGUGCUCCAGCAGGUCACCCUAAGCUAUGGAGGUCCAGAGAACCCACAUAAUGUGGUAAAUGUGGUGGGCUUCAGCCUGCAACAGGACCCCACACGGUUUAAGUCUGUCCACUGCCUUCACUACCCAGACACAGACUGGUGUCCCAUGAAGAACAAGGGCGACUUCCCCUCACGGUGAUCUACACCAUCUGGCUACUGUGACUUGGCUCGGCUAGCUUCCUUAGGCUGCCACUGCAGGCACCAUGCAGAUGAUCUGGCUGACCAGCAGGCCACACUUACGGCCCCACGGGAGCUAGGGCUUUCAGUCAGUCUCUGGGGGUGGCAGCCCCCGGGAAGCCUGGAGGGCAGUGCUGCUGUUGCCAUGGGUAUCACUCAGCUGUCUCCACCAAAGCACCCAACAGGACAGGUAUCCUUACGAGACCAAAACCAGCCUCAUAGUUCUGCGUCCUGCCCUCCUUACCUGCAGAGGCAGUACCUGUGGGCUGGGAGCAGGGGAGUGGGCUCUGGCCCUAACCAUAGUGAGAGAGAGGACUUCCUGGUGGUCUCAUGUCCCACCCUCAGGGCACAGCUUUGGGACUGGCCCUAUAGUGUGUCCUCAGGCAGAGCUGGCCUUCCUGGGGGCCUCCAGGCCACUUUUCCCCACACUGACUCACAUUGAGGACUUUCUCCUCCCUGUCCCCGCUUCCCCCUCAUGGGUCCACAGCGUGGCCCUGGGGAAAGGGACCCAGACAGCUGCCUUCCUUCUCUGGGUAUUGUGCAGGGCACAGCCUCUUCCCUCUGUCCUUCUCCCAAUAUUAUGGAAUGUGAGUAAAAGCUUCCUUGUCAUUCUUA